AUUUUUCCCAUAAUACGAUGUAAAUUUGAUAUUGGAAUAAAUAAAGUGACUUUUCAUUGUCAAUUUACAAAUAACAUUUACUAAAAUAUUUGGUUAUUUGAGAUGGAUUCCUUGCCACCUCCUAUCGUGAUACGUGACAUAAAUGAACAGAAUAUUGACGAAACCUUACAACGCUUAAGGAAGCUAAAUCAAGACGAUAACAAGAAAUACAGGGUGUAUGGCAUUUGGUCAUGUCAAUCACGUCAAUGUUCGAAUGAAUGGGAAAGUUUGUAUACCCAGAAAUCAUUCAAGGUGUAUUUAGAUAAAACGGAGUUUCAUUCUUUCAAGAGAAAGUGUUGGAUGUGCAACUCCAAGUGUCAGUUUUCAAGUAUUCAAUUGUACGAACAACAGCAAAUGUCAAAAGAAUCAAAUGUUAUUCAAAUCGUCCGUCAACUAGUAAACUCAACUGUUUACAGUAAAUAUUUGGUAUAUGGACAUUGGAUAUGUCGAAACUGGAAAUGCGGACACAAACCUCAAUGUAGAAAUAAAUCGGAAUGUCAAGACAAAUGGCAAUAUCAAAAUAAAUGGAAAUGUCCACACAAUCGCCGAUGUCAUAAAGUAGAACAAUGUAGGAAAAAGAUGUGUAACUGUCGAUGCAGAUAUUAUCUUUCUAAUCACGAACGACACUGUCAAAAUAAAUGGACAAAACUAAAUGAAUGGAAGUGUAAUCAUGAAUCAAAAUGCCGGAACGAAUGGGAAUGUCAAUGGGAAUGUAAAUGUCAAAAUGAAUGGCUAAAAAAAUAUACUCUUGAAGAACUCGAAAAGUAUCAAUCAAGUGAAAAAAAUUUCAGGCAACUCUGUAAGGAAUGUAAUCAAUGGAGUCAAGUCUCAAGUUUCCGUUUAUAUACACAGCAGCCAAAAAAUAAAAAUGAAAUCCCUGCCAUUGAGAUUAUCUGCCAUUUAGGAUGGAACAAUCAUUACAGAGUGUAUGGCGAUUGGAAUUGUUGUGGAUGUGAUGUAUCUUGGCCAAGCGCUUUUACUUGGAUAUCACUCCAAAAGUUCAUGGAUGAAAUUCCAGGGGAGAGUCUAAACCGGGGUGAUUUUUACACGCAAAAGUGCAAAAAAUGCGAGAAUCCGGAGAACAAAAUAUUGGAAUACGCACCUUUAAAAAAAGCGGAAGGCAAAAAGCCCCACACACGGGGUGUGUGUAUAAAAUGUCUUUAUUAUGAUUCUUGUCGUCAAACUGGCACCUACUUAGGCUUAACAAGUUAAAAGUUAUCAACGAUCUUUUACGAGAGAAGCGCUUCAGUUUCUUAGUUUUAAAAAAAAAAAGAUUUUAAAGACAAAUGAAUUUCCUUCUCGUUUAAAAAAUCAUAUUUUUAAAGUCUUAAAGAAAUAUCACGGGUUUAUUUUAUGCUAUUGUACCAUGUGUAUCAAUCACACACGUUUUAUUUAUUUUUGAUCCUUGAUUUAUUAAUUUUUAUUGUAUCCUGAUUCAUUAUUUUAUCAUCA